AAACCCAUGUGGGAGAUGGGGAGAGAAGGGGGAGGAAGGGAAGGAGCGGGAGACAAGCCUUGGAUUAGUCUGCAGAGAGCGCAGGAGAACAGUCCAGCAAGCCUUCCAGCUCAGACGCGCAGCGCAAUGGCCAAAUGGCUGACGGGAUGUUGCACUGCGUUCAUUCUGAUUUGCGCCGUGGCUUUUGUGAUCCUGUGCAUCGUCACCCUUCAAGAUGCUGGCUGCUCCAGCUUCAAACAUGCGGCUGUAACUGCAGACUCGCAACUUUGUUCCGAGAUUGGCAAGAAAAUCCUUCAGAAGGGCGGCUCAGCAGUAGAUGGCGCCAUUGCAGCUCUCCUUUGCACGUCUGUGGUCAAUCCUCAGAGCAUGGGAAUUGGAGGAGGCUCUAUAGUGAUAGUGAGAAAUAAAACAGGUAAUGUUAAGGUCUACAACUUCAGGGAGUCGGUCCCUCACUCAUUCAAAGAUAAUCUGCUAAAUGACUGUCCUACUACAUUUGGAUUGUCCACAGGUAGUCAGUGGAUUGGUGUACCAGGAGAGUUGAAGGGCUACGAGCGCCUCCACAGAGAGUACGGGAAGCUGCAAUGGGCUCAGCUGUUUGAGCCAACCAUCAAACUGGCCAGAGAUGGGAUUCCCAUGCCAACAUACUUGGCAGAAUUCAUGAGAAACAACUUUGUAAAGAUGCAUGUGGAAAAGUCAUCACUGUGUAAAGUCCUUUGCCACGAAAACAAAACAGUCCUGGGCAGAGGGGACACCCUACGCUUUCCUAAACUUGCAGAAACCCUGGAAAAAAUUUCAAAGAAGGGUGCAGAAGCCUUUUACACUGGCAGGAUAGGACUUGACCUAAUCCAAGACAUUAAAGAAGCAGGUGGAACAUUAACAAUGAAAGACUUGGCAUCUUACGAAGUUAAGGAGGGCAGUCCAUGGACGGUUUCUCUGGGGACUCAUCGGAUGCACAUCGCUCCCCCACCUGCUGGAGGAGCACUGCUAGCUUUCAUUCUCAGAAUUAUGCAAGGGUUCUCGCUGAGCUCAGACUCUCUUGAUGUUAAAGCGAAGGUUCAGAUGUACCAUCAUUACAUAGAAGCAGCUAAAUUUGCUAAUGGACAAAAGAGGAACAUUCGAGAUCCUGCUUUCAGUAAUAGCGAGACUGCCAAAAACCUGAUUGAUUCAACCUUCAUCGAUCAUAUCAGAGGGAUGAUAUCAUCUAGUAGGACCCAUAAUAACUCCUAUUACUUCAACGUCAAACCUCCAAAGGAUAAUUUUGGAACAACACACGUUUCUGUGCUGGAUAAGGAUGGACUCGCAGUCUCAGCCACCAGCACCAUAAACCAGCUGUUUGGAGGAGCUGUUUACUCUCCCAAAACAGGAAUCAUCCUCAACAAUGAGCUUGCCGACUUUUGUGGAAGAGUAAAUACUAUACAUCCAGGUGAACAGCCACCUUCUUCAAUGACUCCUGUUAUAAUAGAGAAAGGCUCUGGUGGGAUCCUUGUGAUGGGAGGAUCAGGAGGAAGCUUGAUCACAUCAUCUAUGGCCUUGUCUCUAAUCAACCGCCUGUGGCUGGGGAUGAGCUUAAAGGAGUCAAUUGAUGCUCCCAUAAUCUUCAUUGACUCAGAGAAUGUUGUGAAUUUUGAACGAAGAUUUAAUGAGUCUGUGAAAGAGGGCCUCAAAGCUCUUGGACACCGAGUUGGGUCUUGGCCAUACUUUUUAAACAUGGUCAAUGCCUUGGAAAAGGAGGACGGUUGUAUAGAGGCCGUGUCGGACCAAAGGAAGAUGGGAAAAUCAGCAGGAUACUGAUCAUGAUGAUAUUGAGUAACUUUACAUGAACAUCUUUUCUUAGACUUAUUAAACCUUUAUGCUAGGGGCCUGUGAUUAU